AUGGGGAAGCCCGCCCGAACGGAGAAAGGAUGGGGGUGGGACGGCCAUCACGACGGCGCCACGGAGGAGAACGACCCGUGCAUCGACGACGCGACGUUGACGUUCAUCAACGACGAGGUCGCCCCGCACCUCAGCGACGCGAAAUGCUUCAUCGAAGAGCACCCCGCGCGCGGAGGACCCUUCCGCGUGUCUAAACAGGCGUGCCAGGCCGCCGCCGCGGAGCUCGGCGCGGUCGCGGCGACCCUGCGGGCGUGCGACGCGACGACGCCGAUGUCCGUCGCGUCCUCGGUCGCGCGCCGCGGCGUGAAAGCGCUCCGCGCGUGGACGGACGCGCCCGGGCACGCGCAGACGCUCGCGAUGCUCGGGGACCCGUCCUCGCCGGAGAGCGAGUUCAGAGCGCUCGCGGACGAGGUCAAGAUGCGGCUACGCGGCGGCGACGCCGCCGUGGACGCGGUCAGAGAGGCCGCGGAGGCCGCGGGCCGAGGGUGCGCCGCGGAGGCGUGCGAGCGACUGAAGGAGAAUUUAAACCCGCCCGCGGCGGCGUGCGCGCGCAUGACCAUGGACGCGUUACCCUCCAGAGAGCUCGCGAUCGCCGCGGAGGCGCUCGAGGCGCUCGUGGGGACCGGGCGCGGGAGAGACGACACGGACGCCGCCGCGGCGUCGCUCGCGAGGGCGCUCGUGCCGACGCUCUUCGCGCCCCUGUUGGGCGCCCCCGGUCGGGUGCCCGAAUCCGUCGCCGCCGCCGCCGCCGCGACGGCGGCGACGUGGAGCGAGGGCGAGUGCGUCGUCGUCGCCGCGGGACAGGCGGUGCACGCGCUCGGCGGCGCGGGCGAGGGCGCGGGCGUGUGCACCGCGGCGAUCAUCGAGCACAUCCCCGCGUCGUCGAACAUGGCGCAUCGCGUCGCGGAGGCGGCGGCGGAGCCGAUCACGUUGGAGACGGCGCGCUCGGCGGCGGCGGCGCCGUCGGGGUGGUCGCUGGUCGAGCGCCUGACGCAGUCGCUCAUCGCGCACACGAAGAGACACGUGCGCGAGAUCGUCGGCGCGGUCGUCGUGGCGGAUAAGGAUAACAAGCAGGCGGAGUACCGAAGCGACUCCGACUCGGACGACGACGGCGGCGGGAAGAUCGACGCCGUCGGCGCCGCCGCGUUCGCCGCCGUCCUCGGCGCGCUCGAGCGCGAUACGAUGUACAUCGCGCUGCAGGCCGUGGACUCGGUCGCCGCGGACGCGCGAGCGCGGUUCACGGUCGCCGCGGAGGGCGCCGCGGAGAUUGCCGCGAAGAAGAUGCGCGGGUUGCUCACGCCGAUCAUCACCGCGACGAACCACGGGUGGAAGUUUCGCAUCGUCGCGCUGAAGGGCGCGGAGGGGCGCUUGCGCGACCUCGCGUCCGAGGUCAAGAAGGCGACGGAGGCGACCGCGCUGUUGAAUCGCCUCGCGCGGGUGGGACGGCCGCCGAGCCCGAGCCCGGAGCGCGCGCCGGCGCCGGCGCCGGCGUUUGACGCCGUAGUCGCGAAGCCGCCGACGAAGAAACGUUCGAGCCUGAAGCAGACGAACCGGUUCCGCGCGGACGCGGGACGAGAAGGCGGCGACGGUGGGGGUGGGCAAGGAGGGAUGAUGACGCUCGCCGCGGCGAUCGCGGACGUGGGCGACGACAAGCCGUACGACGACGGCGACGACAUGCACUUCAUCAACAACGAGGUCGAAUCCGCGGAUCCGGAAAAAGUGGGACCGCUCGACGCCGUCGUCGACGCCGGGGACGUCGACCUGAACGCAGUCGCCGCUCGAUGGGAGGGCGCGAAGGAUGCAAAGAAGGCUGCCGCGUCCGCCGCGGCCGCCGCCGCGGCCGCCGCGGACGCCGUGGAUGGGGGAAGGUCGGUAGACGUCGACGAAGUGAUCUCAACCGCGGAGCGAGCGAAGGCGGCGGCGAUCCGCGCGACGAUCGCGUCCGACGCGGCCGCGAAAGCGUCCGACGCCGCGGUGCUCGCGAUUCAGACCGCGAGCGCGAUCAACGACCUCGUCGGCGUCGGCGCGUCGAGGCUCGGGACGAUCAACACCCCGGUCGCGCGGAGACCGACGGAGGGGCUCGACCGACUCGCGUCGGAGGCGGGGAAGCUCGGGAAGACGCCGAGCACGCAGGAAAAGCGCGUCGCGUUCUCAGUCCCCGCGCAUCAAGACGCCGGGUCGAUGUCCGUCGCCGACGUGGAGAGCGUCGCGGCGUCGAUAACGGACCUGUGCGAGUCGUUAUCCAUCGACCUCCCCCAGAGCGCGGUGCGGCGGUUCAAGGAGGAUUUAACGCGGUGCCCGAGGUCCAUCGCGCAGGUGUUGUCUCCGCUCGCGCAGAACCUCCCGCACUUGAAGAACAUCUUGGACGUCAUCCGGACGUCGCCGUUGAUAUCACCCACGCCGCGCGCGAAGUUGACGACGCAGAGACCGGGGGUGUUGCGCGUGAGCGGCGGCGGCGACGGGACGCCUCGGUCCGCCGCGUUGCCGGCGCCCGCGCGGCUGAGCUUCGGCGACGACACCGCCGGGGAGGGAGGGAGAGGGAGUGGGUUCGAGGUGAAACUCAAGCGGAGUCGCCCGAAGGAGAAGGACGACGAGCGCGCGGAGAGCUCGAAGGAGGCGAAGACGUCGCCUCCGAACGCGGACGCGGCUCGGCGCAACUCCACGCACAUACGCUUCGAUUCGAGUGACGAGUAG